AUGAUGACCAAAUCCCAAAGAAACCCAAAGUUUUAUUUAGCCGCACUAGUAGCUACUUCAGCAGCAGUGCUUUCUUACAAAAUAUACGAGACCUUUUAUAAACCAGCCGAUAAUCAUCAAAAAAGCGAUGAAGAGGCCGAAGAAGGUGAAAAAUGCGAUAAACAGCAGCUAAAACCAUCAACAAUAACGAUAUCAAAGAAAUUCCUAAAUAAAUCAAUAGCGGUAACAUUAUCCUCGCUGUUUUUAUCGUCGACGCUACCUUUACAAGAGUUGCUAGCCACGAAUGAAAAAUUAAUCUAUAUCAUUCCACCUAAUUUGAAUGAAGACGACGUGGGACUACUGAACCAAGGCAAAGCAAACACCUCACCCUCCUCCACCACCUCGCAGUAUUUACCACCAAACUUUAAAAUUUUGAAAUGCUCAAACAUGCAGGGAUAUCUACAAAUAUUGAAAAAUUUAAAGCCAGACUGUUUACUAUUGUGCAGUGAUGACUUGGGGAUAAAUAACUUUAAUGGAUCUCAUGUUUCUCGAGAUUUGAGCAAUUUCAUAAAGAACAUAAUCAAUAUUGAUCAGGAUCAAGAUGUGUUGACCCAAAUUAAACCAGUUUUUAAUUGA